GGCGUAUAGACCUGCCGCGGCUGAGCGCACAUCGGAAGAGGCGGCCGCUGCGCCGGAAGUCAGGCGGGGACGCCCGGAGCGCCGCGAAGGAGAUGAAGCCGGCGGUGGACGAGAUGUUCCCCGAGGGCGCCGGGCCCUACGUGGACCUGGACGAGGCAGGAGGCAGCACCGGCCUCCUGAUGGACUUGGCAGCCAACGAGAAGGCAGUGCACGCAGACUUUUUCAACGACUUUGAAGACCUCUUUGAUGAUGACGACAUCCAGUGAGCUACUGUCCGUUGGUGCGUGUGGUCACGCCUUUGUCACCUAGUGCCGUAGUAGAUCGCCUCAGACAAUUUGGAAUGGUUCUGAAGAACCGUGCACAUCACCUGAAAUCAGAAGGUGGUGAUGCAAGAGAGGGAAGGGUGCUUUUAGCCGUCUGGAUGCCUGUGCAUCUCUGCAUGUGACCAGCUUUUGUCCUGAACUUCAAUUAAAGAUAAACAAUGUCGUCACUUG